AUGUGUAGAGCGAUUCCUUGGAGAAAAAAGAUACCCAUUUUAAAACAUCUUUCUACAGUUUUCCAUGUCCAACAACCCCAAAAUAUUCAAUUUACUAAUAUUACGAAUUUAUGUCAACAAACCAAUCAUAGGACCACUAGUAAUACCCCUCAACAACAAUUAUUCCCACCAACCAACAACAAUUCCAAUAACAACAACAACAACAAUAACAUUAGAGAAAUUCAAAUUCAUUCACAAGGAUCCUUGGUACUAAAACAACAGGAACCAAUCAAGUCACCCCAGGAUUAUCAAACCCCAACUCAACAACAACAACAACAUCAGCAACAUUAUUUCCCCAAUUUUCAUGAAUCAUUUAUGAGCAAAUAUCAGGAAUCUCAAACUGCCGAGCGACAAUCACCUUCGUCUCACCAAACCCAGCAACAGCAGCAACCAAACCCAACACCACAACCACCAAAUGUUCAGCAGCCAAGCCAUUUCUAUAAUUCCAGAUUGUCAGACUCUUCUGAUGAUCUCCAAGGUGAUGGACACCACUCAAUCUCAAACACUCACAGCCCACCAACCAACAUGAGUUACCACUAUCCAAGAGGUCAGGGCGUGAUCUAUCCAUCUAUAUAUGCACCAUUGUUUGACAACAAUGCUCCCAGAAUCUCACAGUCUCCUCAACAAUGGUCGCGUCCCUACCCCAACUAUUUUGCAUAUCUCCCAAAUCUUAUCCCACCUCCUCCACUCAACACAUCGACCGCGUCCACUGGUGGUGGCCUUGGACAAGAACCAACUGGUGCCGCCUACUCAUAUUCUCAAGAGGCUUCACCACCACCACAAACCGCCGAAAUGGAAAAGGUUCCACAACUCCAUCUCGGUUACACGCCAUCGCCCACCAUGGCCCCUGUACCCUAUACCCUACAUCCACCAAUGUUUCCAACUAUCGAAGGUAACAUAAAAAUCGACCUCUAUCACAAACCAAGAGGCUCAAAGGGAACUUGGAUGCAAAUCGUUCAAAACGACCAAAUCAGAGUCACUGAGGGCAAGGGAAAGCGUCUCAAAAUGAUAGUACACAGCGAGUCUGAGUUGGUCAAGAUCGCACUACAAGUUCAACUCUUGGAUUCACAGGAUGUUGCCAAUGGAGGUAGAAGAGGAUCGAAUCAGGCGUCGUCUGCCAACUCCCCAUCCUCGUCUCCUGCAAACGCACAAAAUAGCUCAACCGCCAACACACCAUUUAACCAAUCCAACAAUAGCGGGUCUGGGCAGAAUGCAUCAGCCAAUUCACCUCCAACCAAUACACAACAACAACAAUCUCCAUCACCUUCAAACAUUAUGCAAACUAUGGCCAGUUCCAUAAACACCUCACCAUCACCAUCCUCAUUUUCACUUUCAUCACCAGCUCAAUCGCCUAUCCAAUCCCCAUCACAAUUCCAAGGAAACAGUCAAUACACUGUUGCCAUUGCAGUGAGUCCACCCUCAUCAUCACCCAAUCCAGUUCUCCCUCAAUCGAUGAGCACACAGUUGCCACCUCCAGACCCCCAAGGCCUGUCGGUCGAGUCGGUUCGAGUGUACAGAUAUCCAUCGUCGACUUCGGUAGCCUUGUCUGCCCUAGAGUUUGAACUCAAAUUGGCCAAGCUGAGCAAGAGACUCCGCAUUGUUUUAUCGGCACUCUCCAAGGAUGGUGUCAAAUACGAAGCCCACUCUGUCGAUUUGUAUGCCCACAACAAUGGAAAACACAAUGCAAACUCUAUUCGUAAAAAGGCUCUCCCCUAUCCAUCGCCAACCCUCAAUGGCUAUCCACCAAGGGAUGACCAAGUCGCUCCCUCCAGUCCUUCGGACCGACCAAAGAGAAAGCCUUUAAAUCGAUCAAGUGCCAGCACAAGCUCAUCUGCAUUGAUCCCCAGCUCACCAUUACCAACUCCACCCCCAUUACCAAUGUCUAAAUCAAGUCCAUCAAUCUUUACAUCUACCACUUCAACAACUAGUACUAACCAACAACAACAACAACAACAGCAACACCACCAACAACAACAACCACCUCACCUUCAACAAAAUAAUUCAUAUAAUACUAAUAAUUCACCAAAGAUUAAACCAGAAUCAAUGUCUAAUCCACCACUUCCAUCUAUCCCACUCACCGGUGCAAUGGAAUAUCCGUGGGCCUACCCUCCACACCACCAUCACCAACAACCUCAACCAGCUGUCCAUCACCAUUUGGAAAAUGGUGUGCAUCAUCAUACUGGUCAUUGGGCCCCAGCCGAUCAUCAUGGAUAUAGCCAUCAUCUUUAUUCCAUGCCUCAUCAUCCCUAUAUCGAUGAAAAGCACUAA